AUGUCACAGAAGGGAAUGUGUCAGAAAACUUUAAAAGUUGAAAUAUAUCUUGUGGCCAGCGGAGCUGUAAAAAAGGAUGGUGCAGUCCAAGUAGCAAUAAUUUUGAAUUGUGCCGGUCCCAACAUUGUAGACAUAUUUGACCAAAUUCAAUGGACAGAGGGAGGUGAUGAAAAGAAACCCGAUAAACUUUUAGAAAAACUAGAGGCCUACUGCAACCCAAGAAAAAAUGAAGUUCUAGAGUCCCAUAGAUUUUGGAUGGUACCAUACCAAGAACCUUUUGAUAAUUUCUUAACUGAAUUGAGAACGAGAGCAAAUUCGUGCAAUUUCCAAGAGAAAGAUCGUAUGAUGCGUGACAAAAUUAUUUUUAGUGUCACAGGCAAACUUCAAGAACUUUUAUUGAGAGAGGACAAGAUAAACCUAGACAAGGCAAUCAAAAUUUGUAGAGCUUAUGAACAAUCAAAUAAACAUGUUAAGGAGCUGAGAGAAUCUACAAGUUCUACUCACACAGUCAAUAAAGUCACACACCAUGAUAAGUUUAAAAAGAAAGCUUACCAACCUGAAAGUAAAAGACCCCAAACAAGGUACCCUCAAUCACAGAGUAAACCUUCUUACAACACACUAACUAACAACAAAGAAUGUAAUUUCUGUGGUUACAAACAUGAAAGAAAAAAAGAAAAAUGUCCGGCAUGGGGAAAAACAUGCGAUGCGUGCAAAGGUAGAAACCAUUUUAAAGCUAAAUGCAAGAAAAUACACUCAAUCAGCUCAACACAAAGUGACCGCUCUCUUUACAAGACGAUGUUAAGAAGGAAAUUGACAAGUUAG